AGCGUGAGGACAUUUAGGUCCCGGCCAGCAGCUGUCACCUGAGAAAGAUUGAGAUCCGCCCACCAGGGGACAAGGCUUGUUGUAGCCGAGACAGGCAUGGCUCAGAUUCCCUCCCUGAGGCUAUGGGCUAUGGUUUGCUGAUCCCCGACAGAACGCAGCAGCGGGGAGCUUCUGUAUCGUCCCUCCCACCGGCGAGGGUGCUCUCUGGACCUGCGCGAACAGGGACACCUACCUCACCCACCAGAGGCCAGAGGCCCCCAAAGAAGUCCGCCAUUCAUGGGGUGAGCAUCCGGCAGCUGGUGGAGGAGAUCCCCGAAGGCGGCAGCACACCAGACUUCCAGCAGAAGCCCGUCGCCUUGGCGCUGCAGGAAGGGAAAAAUGCCAUCUUUCGGGCCCUGGUCUGUGGGGAGCCCAAACCUGAGGUUUGUUGGCAGAGCACCAAAGGUAACCUCAGGAACUCCAGCAAGUACCAGAUCUCCUCCUCCCCCGGCAGCAAUGAGCAUGUGCUACAGAUCAACAAGCUGACGGGUGAGGACUCGGACAUGUACCGCUGCACCGCAGUGAACGUCUAUGGAGAGGCCACAUGCUCCACGAGGCUCCUGGUCAUCGAAGUUUCUCCACUGUACAAAGGAUACUUGGUACAGGCCUACGUCAGAGGUGGCAAACAGCCUCGUGGUAAUAAGACGGCUGCUGCAGAUCCCAACUGCAUCCACAUUCAAGGCGGGAAGAAGGGGAAAGAGGUGGCCCCAGACCUCAGGAAGGAACUGAUGGACUACCGAAAUCUUCUGAAAAAGAGGGCCCCGCCUCCCACCAAGAAAAAGGUGGACCUGGAGCAGGUGUGGCAGCUUCUGAUGACGGCCGACCGCAAGGACUACGAGCGGAUCUGCCUGAAGUACGGCAUCGUGGACUACCGGGGCAUGCUGCGCAAGCUGAAGGAGCUGCAGAAGGAGCGCGAGGACAAGAUGGCGCCGUACGUUAACGCCGUCUCCAACUUGAGACACAUCAGGGUCAGCAAGGAGGGGGUCGCAACAUUUGAUCUGGAGCUGGAUCUCAAGUAUUCCGGGAGCAAGAUUCACCUGUAUAAGGAUGGUGAGAUGAUCCCCUACAGCUUUGAUAACCAGACCAAGCGCUGUCUGCGGCGACUGGGGAAGCGCUACCAAUUCCAGAUCCGGGACCUGCAGCCUGAGGAUGCCGGCAUUUACCAGAUCAAGGUGGAGGAUGCCGAAAUCUUCUCCACGGAACUGGAUGCUAGCGCCAUCCCCUCCAGAGUGGUUGUCCCACUGGCUGAGGCUCACUGUGAAGAGCGGGGUGAGGCUGUCUUCGAGUGCAUUCUCUCCAGCCCCUGCCCCAACGCCGCCUGGAAUUUCCGGCACCGGCCACUCCAGCCCAGCAACAAAUAUGAAGUGUUUGUGUCCCCUGAUGGGCUGACCCAUAGGCUGGUGGUAAGGGGGGCCCAUUUCUCAGACAUGGGCCCCUACUCACUGGGCACUGGGUUCCACAGUUCUACUGCCUGGCUGGUGGUUGAAGCAGGGAAGGAUAGAAACCUUCUGACUGCAAGUGCUGACCAUCAGCUGCAAGCCCGGAGACGUGGCCUGGAGGGCAGGUCAGACAUCUAUGGCCAGGGGAGGGAUGCCACCCAGAGUCCCAGAUCCAGAUACAAGCCUGGCACUGGCGGUUUCUCCAAGGAGGCCCAAGGCCCCCAGGGCCACUUCUCCCAGGGCCUGGCUAACACGGAAGUGCAGCAGGGAGAGGAUGCCAUGCUCUCCUGUACCCUCACCCGCGACCUGGGCCCGGGUGCCUGGUUUAAAGAUGGAGUCGAGCUCAGCGCCCAGGACGGAGUCAUCUUUGAGCAAGACGGUCUCGUGCACAGGCUCCUCAUUGCCCAUGUGCAAGGGACCCAGGCUGGGAGGUACACCUUUGUAGCCGGCAACCAGCGGAGCGAGGCCACCCUGAGUGUCCACGAUCGCCCCAAUGUCACAGAGAAACUGAGAGAGCCCCUGGUGGUCAAGGCUGGGAAGCCGGUGACAGUGAAGAUCCCCUUCCAGAGCCGCCUCCCAGUUCAGGCUGCCUGGAAAAAGGACGGGGCUGAAGUGGCGGGCGGCAGCAGCCCCCCGGGGGCGCAGGUGGCCCUGGGGGACGGCUUCACUCGGCUGUGCCUCCCUAGCGCUGGCAGGAAGGAUGGUGACCGGGACAGCGUGACACUGAGGAGCGAGGGCGGCUCUGUGCAGGCUGAGCUCAGCCUGCAAGUUAUAGGUGCCAGUCCCAGCCUUCUCCCCAGCCAAGGCCCAAAGGGUCCCAGGGUUCUGGGAUCUCCCUGCCGGCAGGGGCAGGCCCAGAACAAGCCCCAGCCCCCACAAGGUCCCCUGGAGGUACAGGAUCUCCAGGGGGCUGGGGUCUGCCUCCACUGGCGGCCCCCAGACGACAGCGGGGGCCGGGCCGUGGAGCACUACGUGGUGGAGCGGCGGCAAGCUGGCCGGAGCACUUGGCCGAAGGUGGGCGAGCCCCCCGCAGACAGCACGGCCUUCACCGAUGCCCACGUGGAGCAGGGCAGGAAAUACACCUUCAGAGUGCGGGCUGUGACCUCUGAGGGGGCGGGGGAGGCCCUGGAGUCCACAGAGGUGCUGGUGGCUCCUGAGGCUCUCCCUGGGCCCCCCUCAAGCCCAGCCAUCCAGUCGGCCUCCAGCCAGGGCAUCACGCUGACGUGGACGGCACCUCGGGGCCCUGGCAGUGCCCACAUCCUGGGCUACCUGAUCGAGAAGCGCAAAAAGGGGAGCAACAUCUGGACAGCAGUGAAUGCCCAGCCUGUGCCUGGGAGGAGGUGGACCGUGACGGAUGUGCGGCAGGGCUGUCCGUAUGAAUUUCGGGUCACGGCUGUGUCUCCCUCCGGUCCCGGAGAGCCUGGGCCCCCCUCGGAUGCUGUCUUUGCUCGGGACCCCGUGAGAGCCCCUGGGCCCGUGCGGGACCUCCAAGUCAUAGACACGUCGCACACCAGCAUCACCUUGAGCUGGGAACAGCCAGAUGCACAGGAUGGGGACACAGCCCAGGGCUACGUGGUGGAGCUACGUGGCUCAGACAGUCUGCAGUGGAUCCCCUGCCACAAGGGCACCGUACCAGUCACCAGCUUCACAGCCAAAGGGCUUCGGCCCCAAGAGAGCUACUUCGUGAGGGUGACAGCAGUUAACGACGGGGGCCUUGGCCAGCCCACCGCCCUGGACACGUUAGUGCAAGUCAUGCCAGUUGCAAUCCAUCCCAAGUUCCUCAUGGACUCCAGCACAAGGGACUUGCUGAUGGUCCGAGCUGGGGACACCAUUCGUGUGCCUGUCUCCUUUAAAGCUUUCCCCAUGCCUGAGGUGACCUGGCUGAAGGACGGCUUGCCCUUGCUUAAAAGUAAUGUGACCUCCACCAAGGAUGGCCUCACCCAGCUUCUGAUUCCUGUGGCCAGCUUCUCAGACAGUGGCCUCUACACUGUGGUGCUGAGGAACCUGCAGGGCGGGGAGGCGGCUUACCGCUUCUCCCUCAGGGUGGCAGCAUGCCCGAAGGCACCCGGGCCCAUCCGCCUGCAGGAGAACGUGCCCGGGACAGUGACGGCCGAGUGGGAGCCUUCUCCGGACGAGACUGGGGGUGUCCCCCUAUACUACGAGGUGCUGACACGCUCCUCAGCGCACGGGCCCUGGUGCCAGGCGGCUGACCGCAUGCACACCAACCACUUCACCCUCCUGGGAGUGCUUCCUGGCCACGAGUACCACUUCCGGGUAGUGGCCAAGAACGAGCUGGGGGCCAGCCUGCCCUCAGAUACCAGCCAGCCCUGGUGCAUCCCCCGGCAGCGAGACAGGUUCCCAGUGAGGCGUCCAAGCUACCGGGAGCCUAACCUGAGCCAGAAGCCCCGGUUCCUGGUGGGCCUGCGGACCCACCUGCUGCCACAGGGCUGUGAGUGCUGCAUGAGCUGUGCUGUGCACGGCUGGCCGCGGCCCCAUGUCACCUGGUUCAAGGACGACCAGAGCCUGGCGGGAAACCCCGCGGUGUAUAGCACCGACGUGCUGGGCGUGUGCUCCCUCAUCAUCCCCAGUGUCUCCCCCAAGGACAGCGGCCGGUACAAGGCCGUGGCGGAGAAUGCGCUGGGCGAGGCCAUCAGCACCGCCAGCCUCAUUGUCACAGAAUCUAGCUCCUAGCCCCGCCUCACCCCGGGAUGGCCCUGUCUGGCUCCACAGCCGUGGGAUGAAGACAGAUCCCCGAAACUUCUCUCUUGACACCCACACUGGCCCAGAGAGAUGGUCCUGAAGGAUGGAGGACACUGGUCGUGCCCAGAGCCCCAGGAAGGCAGGAGUGAGGAGCAGGAGGGCAUGGAGUCCUUUGGGGAAGAAAAAGAAGAGGGGAGGACAUUCAACCUCUCCACCCCAAGCCAAGUCCCUGAACAUGACCAUGAACCUCCUCCACUCUCUCCACGGGGGCUUCUUUCUUCUCCACUUCUUCCGGGAGAUCGGGAGAUCGGGAGAUCCAGAGAGAACCUGUCUGCAAGAGGGAGGCCAAAUCCUUGUUUUCCGGAAGCGGGUUCCUGGAGGGAGAGCAGGAAGAGCUGGGCCUGCUGUGAGCACAGGAGGGAGGAAUGAGGAGGUCAGAGGACCUGAGGGCCAGGGCCUCCAGGGCAUGUGUGGAGGGGGGCUUUCUGUACUUUACGUCAUUAAAGCAUUA